AUGGUUCGCCAGAUUGCAGAUAUGGCCGAUCCGAAUGUGCUGGUGAUGAAGCAACGAUGCAUGAUGCAUCAGGCAAAUUUGACGACCGAGCAGAUGUGGAAGACGCUGGGCGUUCUGCUUCUCGUCGAUACUGACGCAGGGCAGCUUGUUUUACGAGUUGAUCUGUCAGUGCAAGCGCAUUAUCGAAGCAAAGCUGAUCGUCCGGUACGACCCGCUGCGUGCCAAGCUGUGGUUCGCGAUUGUGGACGUCAUCCUUUCAAAGAGGCCCCCGGUACCAGUGCUUUCGCGCUGGUUAUCCUGCGGGAGCACGGCUCGCUGCUGGAUUUCAUCAACUGCUUCCGCAAGCGUGGUCUCUCCUUUUCGGUCAGGCAGGGCGGUGCCGCAUCGUUGCACUUUUUGUAA